AUGGAACUCCCCGUAAUUGACAGGAAUGGACAAACGGUUAGCCAUGUGGAAGUGGACGACGCCGUUUUCGAUGUACCGAUGAACCAUCCUCUGGUUCACCAAGUGGUUGUGAUUUACCAGGCCAACAAACGGCAGGGAACCCACGACACCAAGACCAGGGGCCAAGUCUCCGGUGGCGGUCGCAAGCCUUGGAUACAAAAGCAUACGGGUCGGGCUCGGCAAGGCAGCAUAAGGUCGCCGCAGUGGAGACAUGGUGGCGUUGUUUUUGGCCCUCACCCCAGGGACUAUCGUAUGGACUUGCCCAAGCGCAUGCGGCGGUUAGCCCUCAAGUGUGCGCUGUCGGAGAAAAUCCGAACGAACAGUCUCAUCUGCAUUGAAAACCUGGACGGCCUCGAUGGCAAGACCAAGUCAAUGGUUAACCUGAUUGAAUCGCUGGGGCUCUCGGGUAGGGCGUUGGUGGUUACUGAAAGUUCGAAUCCCAACGUAGUUCAGGCAGGCAGAAACCUGAAGACCGUUUGGACAUUGCCGGUUAACCAGUUGAAUGCUCACGAACUCCUGCGCCGGGGCACGGUUCUCAUCACGGUGGAUGCACUCAAGAAGGGCGAAGCUCUUUGGUCUUUAGAACCGGUGCGCCUGCCCAGGAUGGUUCGCGCUGGCGCCGAUGAGACCCCAAGUGAGGAAGAAGCUUAG